AUGAGGCAUAACCAUUUUACAGCAUGGGCACUGCUCAAGAGUUCGCUCUUUAUCUCUACGAACUUGCCCAAGGCAAGUGAAGAGGCCCGUGAAAUCUUGAAGAACCACGUCAUCAUCAAGAUCAACCAAGAUCCCAAUUUCGGCGAAUCUAUCGUACCCUUCUGCAGGGGCAACGGCCAACCCGACUACGUGUCCAACGCUACGCACCCCACACAGUACUGGUCCGACAACAGCAGCUACGGCGUUGUGUUUAUGCUCCUCAAUACCCUCGAUAUACCGCAAAAACUUUUCUUCAAUCUCACCGGGAGCUGGUCUAUCCGCGCAGGUCGUCUCUACAAUGUCUCAACUUCACUGUUGCUAAACGAUGCAGGGCCGGAGCCGAGUGCGUUGGGACUGCCGUGUUGUGGAAUCUAUUGGCAGUACACAUGGCCGGAUGGGGCGUACUACAGCAGUUGA